GUUCUUUUGUCGCGACCACCAACACCCGAUGUUCAUUUAUUGUUCUCAUUGUUCCGUAGUGGUGGGGGUUCACGCCAUUGUUUCUCUUUUGUUUCUGGAUGAAUUCUUUAUUUUGCUAUAAGAGAAGGAUGCAAUUCAAGGAUCGCUUUACUACCUUUCUCCCGCUCCCGGCUGAGCACUUUCUAGUCUUUCACGACUUUGCACAAAUCUUGACGACGCACACGAUCUUUAACUCGACGCUAGCCACUGUCACGAAGCCUUCACACUCGCUUUUUUCUCGGAAUACGUUAAGUCAUCAUGAAAUUUGCUGGAACCUUCACUAUCCUCGUUGCACUGGCUCAGUGCCUGCUCAUCGACGGACUACCUAUAAUCAAGGGACGAGGUGGUGGUUUAAUCACCUUACCUCUGAAGCAUGUGGCACGAGCGGUGCCCGCCACUGGUGACCUACACCCACACCUGUUGCUUCAGCAGCACCUCAAUAGUGCUUACCGUCGUCUGGCUCUAAUGACACGCUCUCCACAACCCCUCGAAGAAGAACUCGUGAAACGACUUGCAGAACAUAUCGAUUCAUUGCCACCCGACGUGCCUGUGAAGCGGUAUCGAGUUGCAGGCACUGUCAUUAGACCAAGGCACGCUGACGAUGAAUGUGACGGUGACUCACCACCUCCGGAAUGCAAUAACUCCUUGAAACUGGAAAUCUUUGCAAACGAUGUUGGCUACAUCUCCUCUGUUGAGUUUGGUGCUCCUGCCCGAGAAUUCAGGCUCUUGAUGGACUCUGGCUCCUCCGACCUAUGGGUUGGUGGGGAAGGAUGUCAGACGGACCAAGAAGGGGGUGGAGGGGACUGUUCAGCGUUACAUACCUAUCUGGGAAAGAACUCUUCAUCUUCCCUGAUCGACAUGAAAGUCCCAUUCGAAGUGACGUAUGGUUCGGGACAUGUUGAAGGCACUAAAGUUCUCGAUGACUUCACUUUCGGAGGAUUCAGGUUGCCAAAGUUGCAACUUGGACUCGCAACCCUUCAAUCAAUUGACUUUUCCGAUGAUGAUGUUCCGUUCGAUGGAUUAAUGGGACUCGCUCUCUCGUCGUUGUCAGAACUCCAAGGGCCAACUCCCAUCGAAGCGCUAGCCGCUAGUGGAUUGAUCGACGAACCAAUCGUUUCAUACAAGAUCUCCCGCAGGGAUGACAACAAGGAUGAUGGUGAGAUCACCUUCGGUGGGCUCGACAAGACCAAGUUUGACUCCAACUCGCUGGUGACCCUUCCCAAUAUCUCUCCCAUCGGAUUCUGGACAGCUAAAGUGGAUAACGCAACUGUCAAUGGCCAGAAUUUCGGGAUUGACGCUCGUGAGGCUAUCCUCGACACUGGAACUACGUUACUUGUUGCUCCUCGUGCGGACGCGGAAAAAAUACACGCCCAAAUUGACGGAUCUACCGUAGAUGAACAGGGUCGUUUCCACCUCCCAUGCGAUACCAAUGCCACUGUUGCUCUUGCCUUUGGUGGUCGGUCGUUUGAGAUUGACUCGAGAGACUUAGGAUUUGCCAAUCUUGGUAAUAAUGAUUGUCUUUCUGGAAUCGGUGCGAACGAUGGAGAGGGAACGACGUGGUUGGUCGGUGACACGUUUUUAAAGAACGUUUAUUUCUCUACUAAUGCGAAGACGAAUGAGGUUUCUCUUGCGAAGCUCGUCUAGCUUUCUUCCUACUCGGCAUUCUCUUUUUGGACCUUGAGGACUUAUCAUUUACUGUAUCAGUUAUCCACGUUCUUGUAGCAUUACUCCAUCCAUUUGUAAUCUAUAAUCUAACACUAGUAGGUCGAUUGUAAUCUAAUCGUUGGGCUGCGUCCAGCAGAAAGUAUCCAU